AGCUGAAGCGUCUCCCUUCAAAAAAGCAAGCAGAGAGAGACAGUUGGAUCCAGCGCUGCCUUUGGUUUCGCUCAUUAUUUCUGCGGACAAUGCUGCGAGUCAGAUGUUUGAGAGGAGGUAGCAGGGGGGCUGAAGCUGCCCAUCUGAUCGGAGCCAUGCUUGGCCGGUCAGUUGCUGGCUGGGUGCAGAGGACCUUCCAGAGCACUUCAAGUGCAGCAGCUGCACAACAGCAUGCAGCUGAAGAGGAACCUGUUACUGAGCCCAUUCAGCAGGAGUGCCCCGUCUGCAGCUACAAUGAAUGGGACCCUCUUGAGGAGGUGAUCGUUGGGCGAGCUGAAAAUGCCCAGGUGCCUCCCUUUACUGUGGAAGUGAAAGCCAACACAUAUGAGAAGUACUGGCCCUUCUAUCAGAAGCAUGGGGGCCAGUCUUUUCCUGCGGACCACUUGAAAAAAGCUGUUGCUGAGAUUGAAGAAAUGUGCAAUAUCCUGCGUCACGAAGGAGUUGUUGUGCAGAGGCCAGAACCCAUCGACUGGUCCGUCGAAUAUAAAACUCCAGAUUUCACAUCAACAGGAAUGUAUGCUGCGAUGCCGAGAGACAUCCUCAUGGUUGUGGGAAACGAAAUCAUAGAAGCUCCCAUGGCCUGGAGGGCUCGAUUCUUUGAGUACCGUGCCUACAGGCCUUUAAUUAAGGAGUACUUUAGAAAAGGUGCAAAAUGGACCACAGCUCCUAAACCCACCAUGGCUGAUGAGCUAUAUGAUCAGGACUACCCCAUCCGCACUGUGGAGGACAGACACAAGCUGGCUGCCCAGGGGAAGUUUGUGACCACAGAGCACGAGCCGUGCUUCGACGCUGCUGAUUUCAUUCGAGCUGGGAGGGAUCUUUUCGUUCAGAGGAGUCAGGUUACAAAUUACAUGGGAAUCGAGUGGAUGAGACGCCAUCUGGCCCCAGAUUACAAAGUGCACAUCAUCUCGUUUAAAGACCCUAACCCCAUGCACAUCGAUGCCACUUUUAACAUCAUCGGACCUGGUUUGGUGUUGUCAAACCCUGACCGCCCAUGUCGCCAGAUUGAGAUGUUCAAGAAAGCUGGCUGGACUGUUGUGAAACCCCCAACACCUUUGAUUCCUGAUGACCACCCACUGUGGAUGUCCUCCAAAUGGCUGUCCAUGAAUGUCCUGAUGCUGGAUGAGAAGCGGGUCAUGGUUGACGCCAAUGAAGAAACUAUUCAUAAAAUGUUUGAAAACCUCGGUAUCAAGACCAUAAAGGUGAACAUUCGCCAUGCCAACUCACUUGGUGGUGGCUUCCACUGCUGGACAACCGAUGUCCGCCGCCGUGGUACCCUGGAGUCCUACUUCCACUAGCCUUGCCAGAAAUAGGCAAUUUUUAUUGAGCUUUGAAAACUAAAGCCUCAAUCUGGAAGCUUCUUAGAUAAUUGAACACCACUAAAAGGGUGGAGCUUACAUCGAAUAAAGUCUGCUGCUUGCAAAUUUCAAACCCCUUCUUAGGAAAUAUGUGCAAAUCAGUGUGAAGCAAAUGACAGUAGGGUGGCUUUUCCUGUUGCCACCAAAAGCUCUUCUCCAUAUUGUGUCUUUGUGGCUUAAUUGAACAUUUUGUGAAUGGUUUUGAUCUGCUGGACAUUAGAAUGUCUUCAUAAACAGCUUUGUUAAGCGAUAAAAAGCACAUAUAAUCUGAAAAGCAGGAGUCUUCUGUUUAUUUCACCAUGGAAUCUCAAUAUUAACUGCAUUUCUGGCCUGGCAGUGGUGAAGCUUAUCCAACUAAAUGCUAAUGCUUUGAGGACAAGGUACAAUUUGGUAUGCAGAUGUCACUUAACUUGGGUACAAGAGGUUAGAAGCUACCUCUACUUUAACACUCAGGGUGCUUUUCUUUAUUCUGACUUCUAAUUCUUUGUGUUCUUGAUACAAUGGAAGAUCCCAUGUAGUUGUAGGUAUCCUGAGCAUAUGUCUCCUAAUUUACUCAUAUUAAUAUGAUAUCCUAAGCAGGCACAAAGAACCAAACUGCAUAAUGAAAAGCACCCUAAGAAAUCACAGUUCUACCUUUUUCCAUUAUUUUUAUAUAAAGAAAUCAAAACAUUUAGGUAGGCCAUUUUAAUUUAUCACAUAUAUGCAGCAUCGAUUACACUGGAAAAUGCUUAUAUUUUUUGCACCUCUUUUUAUUGGAUUUCCCAGCCAUAAUUGUUUUUAUAUAUUUCCUAAAAAAGUUCAUAUCAGAUUUUAUACCUUUUUCCUCUGCUGUUUUCUCCUGUUGCGUAUCUGGGCCAGUUACAAUCCAUGCUGUCAGUCUUUCCAACCACCUUUUUUAUAUGUUAACAAAGUGAAAAUACAUUAUAGUGGUUAUUUCAUUUCAUGUUUUAUGAUUCCUGUGCUGCUUUUAAAGUUGCAUGUCUUAAACUGCUUACUAUAUUUCCGAGGAGAUGAGUUUGAGGUAAAAUUUGGUUCAACAAAGCGAUAGGAGUGAUGUUUUGUAAUAUGUCAGGUCAUUUAAAUGUAAUUAAAAAGACUCGACUUUCA